CUUCUGCACAGCCGAGCAAUGUUCACAUAAUAAAUGAAUAUAUUGGCCCAAUACAUGUCGCAAAGGCCGCUUUCACUUGCAGGUCAUCUUAGACUCAGUUGUGGGUUUGGUACUUCGAAGUUCAUUUCAACGUAACCUCUGGCUUCAUCAUUAAACAUCCCCCGUUGUUGAAAGCAACAACAAUGGCAGCCAGCACAAAUGUCGGAGAGAAUGGAGACACAAUUAUCAACGCCUGUACAUACCACAGGAUGGAAUUCGACAGGGUCCUGAUACGGACGAAUGAGCGAAAGCUCGAUGCACCAUUUCUGCUGUCUACCUCGGAUACCACCUCGUCGUCAAGCCUCGGUAUCUUGAGCCGCCUGCCCGAGGAGUUGAUUCUCAUGAUACUUCGCGAACUUGACAUUCUCUCGUAUCUGCGUUUUCGGGGCGUCAAUAACCGUGCGCGCAGCAUAGCGACGGCAUCGCGCGAGUACAAAGCUGUGGUGAAGCAUGGACUUCAGGGACUGAAACCAUUGCUCAAGGCAGAGCUGGGACAUGUCUGUACCAUUGCUCACUUCUACCAGACGCUAGUCAGUAACAAGUGCGAGUUCUGCGGAAAGUUUGCAACGUUUCUAUAUCUUAUUACUUGCCAACGAUGCUGCUUCACUUGUCUGCAAAUCUCUGUCGACCUGCACGUUCUCCCUGUCCCGGUACCCAAAGCGUUCGCGAAAGCAGUGAACUGUUCAAGUAAGGAGAUCGAAAAGAUCUGUGGACCUAAACUUCGAGUGGUCUAUGGAAAAUACUCUCUACAGCCAUGGCCAAACGUUAAGAGACCCAGAUACCUUGUACAAGCCAAGCCUGUUGUUGAGAAGCUCAGGUCUCUUGGCUCUUCUCCAAGAAUCCCAAAGUCGGUACUAUCACAUCAACCGCAAAGUCAAUCUCACGACGAAAUAAGACAUGACUUUUGCUACCGGUAUAUGGCUGCUGCUGCUUUACCAUGGUAUGAUUUGAGUAAUGACAGGAUGGAACCAGGGAUGAAUUGCAAAGGAUGUCAAUUUCGCGUUGAAGAGUAUGAACGCACGAACAGACGUCUGGACCCACCAUGGGGUUUCAAUGAUAGGGAUCGGGUGUACUCAGGGGAGGAGUUCUUGUGCCAUUUCGGAUCUUGUACGUAUGCCCAGAAAGUAUGGGCUGACACACAAGAGAAACGAAUGGCUCCAGAAUCAGAUUUCACUCUCCGGGGCGGGAUUGUGCUGCAUUAUGAACCCAGACACGAACUUCAUUGACCUCGCCGUGAAUAAAUAUGGACCAUGGCGAGGGUGUCCCGGAAGGCUUGUAGGAUCUCCCCCGUCAUUCUCCAUAUAUGCUCGAAUAUUGCAUUGUGUCAGCCAUUUCAUUGUAACAAUCACAUAUCAAAGGCAACAGUAUAAUAGUUUAGUAGUUCAAAACCUGAGGCUACAGUUCUUCAAACAUACACAUUGAGAUCCAACGCCAUAUAGCAACAUUACAACUACCA